AUGCCUCCAAAAAAGGAAGGAACAGGUGGAAAUAAACAAGGACAAAAUUACAUUAAUUCUAUUAAUGCAAUACAAGGUCAAACAGCACUAGCAUCAAUUCUUGCAACAAAUGGUCAGGCUACAGCGAAAGUAUAUGUGCCCCGAUCCAUUCAACGUAUAAAAGAUACGAAAAAGGUCGCGUUUGUUAAAAGCGUCGACUUAGAAAUUCCUGAAAGUCGAAUAACUGAAGCAUUGAAGGAUGUUGGCCUUGAUGUUGUUGAUGUUAUUCGACUAACAAAUAAGGUAAAAAACAUACCGACGAAAACGAUCAAAAUUACAUUUAAUGAUCCGCAAAAUCGAAAUACAUUUAUUCGUACUGGUUUACAAGUCGACGCAAUGCAUUUCGAAGCCGAAGCUGCAAUGCAAAAUACAAAGCCGGUGCAAUGCUAUAUAUGCCUUAAAUACAAUCACGUAGCAAAGUACUGCAAAACGAAACAGCAGAUAUGUGCUCGAUGUGGUGAUAAUCAUCGUAUCGAUCAAUGUACUGCUGCUAGUGAUGCAAUGAAAUGCUGCAAUUGUAAAGGUAGUCAUUUAGCAACAUCAAAUGAAUGUGCAACUUAUAAAGAACAAGAGCAAAGAAUGCACAAUUUAGUAAAUCAAUAUUCAUCCACAAAUAAACCGACAACAACAGCACCAGCCAUACAUGAUAUUAAUGAAUUUCCAUUGCUACCAAACAUUUCUCAACGUCAACAAGAAUAUCUACAUAAUGAAUUAUUCGAUGAAAUCAUUAAUGUAUUAAGCAGAAAAAUGGAAAAAAUCAUCGAAGAAACAACCAGUCGAAAUGAUCGAGUAGGAAAACUUGGUGGUGGAGUUUUAUUAGCAGUGAAACAACACAUUAAAUGUCGAGAAGUACUUAACAAAACAUCACAGAUGAAUGAAAUAAUUGCAAUUGAAGUUGAAACACAAUUAUUCAAGUCGAUAUUGAUAGCCUCCAUCUAUGUUCCACCAACAGCAAAGAUGGAUCUUAAUAUCUUUCAAGAAUUGUAUAACAUCAACAACAACUGUAUUAUUGUAGGUGAUCUCAAUGCAACAUUACAUCACAUGGGAUCAGCCAAGGCAAAUGCAAGAGGAAGACAGCUGCAAGAAUUAUUUAAAGAAGGUUUUAUUGAAGGUGUAGAUGAUGAUACUCCAACAUUUGAAAAGAAUGACUAUGCAGUUAAGCUCGACUGGCUUUUAGGUAGUCAGCCACUUCUAUCUUUCACAUCAAAUGUUGAAACACACCCACCAAUUGGUACAUCAUGCGGACACAAACCAUUAACCUUCGACAUUUCCAUUGGAGCUGAACCAAAACCUGCAUCUCCAAGAAUGCCAUUUAAUUUUAAAGCAGCAAAAUGGUCAAAAUUUCGAAGCAAAUUAGAUCAACAACUGAUGCUAUGGAAUAAUGAUCGUCGUUUAGAUUCAGCAUUAGAUAUAGAAGAAUAUACGUCGUUUAUUACUAAUUCCAUAUUAGUAGCAACACAAGAAGCUAUUCCACUGUCCAAACAAACGAAUACAAGACCUAUGAUAAGUGAAGUUACGAAGAGGCAAACUACUGGAGAAAAUAAUCAAACAACGUCUAAUGCUUGA